AUGGAUGACACAACAUUUGAAUCGUGUAAUUUUAGUUCGGUAAACUUGAGCUCUUGUAGUCUGAAAAAAGUACUUUUCAAAGAAUGUGAUUUUAAUUCUGCAAAUUUGAGUAAUUCUAAUCUUGAGAGUGCACAAUUCAGAUCUUGUAGAAACUUUUCUGCAGCAAAUCUGACCUCAUGCAAUUUAAAAUAUGCAUGUUUCGAAAAUUGUGAUUUUCAAAAUAUAGAUUUCACUAAUUCCAAUCCCGAAAAUGCAACAUUUAGAAACUGUACCCCAAUUUUAAAAUUUGAAAAGAAAUCAUUCGAUCAAGAAUCUUUGAAAGGAAAAGUAUUUGUAAAUACCUUAUUCAAAGACUGUGAAUUUUGGAAGCAAUCAGGUGCUAAAUUUGAAAAUUGUGAAUUUGAAUCCUGUAAUAUGUUUGGAUAUUGUUUCAGUGAUGAUUGGGAGAACAGUUUCAACCAAUGUGACUUGUCAGGUGCCAUUUUCCCAAGUUUGAACUAUUUCAAAGGCAACAAGUUUUCAAAAACAAAACCUCUUGAAAUCAAAAUAUCAAUUAACAAUAUGAAAUGUGCCUUAUUAGACUCAAAUCAACUAUAUCAUUUUGAAUUGCAAACACGUUUCAGAUAUCAAAAUCAAUUGAUUCUUACCAUCAACCCAAAAACAUCUAUUGAGGAAUUUAAGAAGGAAGUGAAUGAGCAAUCAACACGUUAUGGCUUUCUUGCCAUUAUUUGGAGUGAAUCUGAGAAACAAUCUGUUUAUUUUGAAAACCCAAUUGGAAAAGACUCUGAGCGAGCUGAAAUAAUUAACAAUCACUUGAAAAACAAAAAGCAACUCCAAAAACUGAUUCAAACUACUUUAUUUAUGUAA